GAGCCCGCCCCAACUCCAUCCUUUGCGGGCGGCCACGCCCCACAGUGGGAAGGAGGGACUGAAAAGCAUUUCCUUGAGGCUGGCACACCUUGUCACAUCCAAACCGAUCAUUUUCUACCCCCCUGGCUGGGCCGGUUCCAUCUGAGAGCAGAGUGGCCGGAGGAGGGACACGAACAACUCAGUCCUUGGGAAUUCUUCUCAGUGGUGCCCUGUGCAUUCUCUGAGGGCCAAGCAUAGAAGUGGACAGCUGUGUGGCUGAGAUGAGAGGGUCAUGACACGAAUGCUAUUGGAAUGCAGUCUCAGUGACAAGCUGUGUGUUGUCCGGGAGCAGCAGUAUGAGAUCAUCAUCAUCCCAACCAUUCUGGUGGGCACUUUCCUCAUCCUUCUUGCGGUCAUCCUGUGGCUUUUUAUCAGAGGGCAAAGAGCUCAACAACAGUCUCCUGGACUCCAAGGCAUUGCCCCUGUGCCUCCAUCUAGGGGCUUAAGCUUGGAGGCAGCAGGUCAUGGAGGAAGCGUGUUUGUGCCACUUAAAGAGACAUCAGUGGAAAGCCUCCUACAAACCAUGACUCAUGCUCUGGCUAAGCUGCAAGUGCCCCGGGAGCAAUUCUGUGAUUCUCUGGAGCAGAUCCACAGUGGUAGUUAUGGAGCCAUCUAUCGAACCAAGAUGUACACUGGGGACCCUGCUAAGCCAAAGAGUGUUGUCAUCAAGGCUUUGAAAGAACCAGCUGGGCUCUAUGAGGUGCAGGAUUUCUUAGGGCGAAUCCAAUUCUAUCAGUACUUGGGGAAGCACAAGAACCUGGUACAGCUGGAAGGCUGCUGCACAGAAGGGCUGCCGCUCUAUAUGGUGUUGGAGGAUGUGGCCCAAGGAGACCUGCUCAGCUUUCUCUGGACCUGCCGGCGGGAUGUGAUGACCAUGGAUGGCCUUCUCUAUGAUCUCACAGAAAAACAAGUAUAUCACAUCGGAAGGCAGGUCCUCCAGGCUUUGGAAUUUCUCCAGGAUAAGCAUCUGUUCCAUGGGGAUGUGGCAGCCAGGAAUAUCCUGAUCCAAUGUGAUCUUACUGCUAAGCUCUGUGGAUUGGGCCUGGCUUAUGAAGUCCAUGCCCGAGGGGCCAUCCCAGCUACUUACCCCAUACCUCUCAAGUGGCUCGCCCCAGAACGGCUUCUGCUGAGACCAGCUGGCAUCAGAGGAGAUGUCUGGUCCUUUGGGAUCCUGCUUUAUGAGAUGGUGACUCUAGGGGCACCGCCAUAUCCUGAAGUUCCUCCAACCAGCAUCCUGCAGCAUCUCCAAAGAAGGAAAAUUAUGAAGAAACCAAGUAGUUGCACGCAUACCAUGUACAAUCUUAUGAAGUCUUGCUGGCGCUGGAGUGAGGAGAGCCGCCCUUCACUCAAAGAGCUACACUCACACCUCGAAACUGCCGCUCGAUCUGCCAAUGACAAGGCUGUGUUGCAAGUGCCCGAGCUGGUGGUGCCUGAGCUGUAUGCAGCUGUCGCAGGUAUCAGCCUGGAGAGCCUCUCCUACAGCUACAGCAUCCUUUGAAGAUCCUCGGGCACGAAACAUUGACUGGUGAUCACAUCCUAUUGAAAAGAACUCCUCCAAGAACAGAAAAUAGCUUUCUAGCGGGACACAAAGGGAGAAAUAGGACCUUCCCCUACACAUUUCCCUGGAUACCUGAAGUGAUGCGAGAUGAGGCUCUCCACACUGUCUACCAUGGAGACUGAGGAGUACAGUUUCACCUCUGCUGUCUCAGUCCUGAAGAUCCAGGGUAGACGGUGGUGGAUAGUAGCUUUGCAAAGAAGGGCUUGGAAAUCUCCAGUGUUUGUCUGGCAUUGCACUCCUAAGCUGGCCCUCCCACCACAGGCUGGUUUCCUCUUGAAGCAUGCCUCUACCUAACUUAUUACAGGGCCCAGAGAAGUUGCAGUCAGCUGAGGGAAUAGAAAGCUGACAAAGAAGUUGAUGAGAAAGAGAAUUAAAAGGAGUAUAGAUGUGGACCAAGGUCAUCCUUCAAAGAGGUGGUGGAGGAAGGAGAUAAAGUUCUUCAAUCCUGGUCCAUCCUUGCGGGACUGGAGGAGGACCAGGAAGGCAAACUUGUGAGCUUCCCUUUGGGUACAGAUAGGAGAAAGAUGGUCUCCUUUUAUCUACUUAUGAGACAAGUGAACUCUGCUGGAAAUACUUUUAACUAGAAGCUGGAGGGGUCCUUUCAUGAUUAAGAACAUUCAACGUCUAUUGUUCAUCAGACUAGCUUCCUGGUCCCCAUAAGACUAGGGAAACUGAGCCUAGAGUGUCCAUUAGGCUGACAAUGAAUAUACAGUUGACCCUUGAACAAUAUAGGUUUGAAAUGUGUGGGUUCCCUUACACAUGGAUUUUUUUCUUGAUAAAUGCAGUGCAAUACUGUAAAUGUAUUUUCUCUUCCUUAUGAUUUUAACAUUUUCUUUUUUUCUAGUUUAUUUAUUGUAAGAUUACAGUGUAUAAUACAUAGAACAUACGAAAUAUGUGUUGAUUGACCGUUUAUGUUUUUGGUAAGGCUUCUGGUCAACUGUAGGCUAUUACUAGUUAAGUUUUGGAGUCCAAAGUUAUAUACAGAUUUUUGACUGUGCAGGUGUUGGCGCACUUAAUCCCUGUGUUGUUCAAGGGUCACCUGUACUAUGUAUUUAAUAAGUAGGAAAUGUGAAUGCUUAGUAGUCCAGAAGGUCUUUAAAAGGGUUAGAAAACGAUGUCAUCUGAGACAGAAGGGUGGUAGUUUCUGAUUUUCAAUCAUUCACUGAUGUACUGUGAAACUUCAUUAAAUUAAUAUUUAUUGGGUAAAAAUAGGAUUUUCUAGUAUAUAGCUGCCAAAAUCUCUAUCAUAGGGAGCAUGAAAGUAAAUAAAUGGAAAUUAAUGUCAACAGAAAAAUUCAAGAGAUAAUCUACAUUGCCAGAACACUGAUUCCUCACGUGUAAAUGGGGAUAAUACCUACCUCACAGGGUUGUUGUGAGGACUGAAUGAGAAUAUACAUAUUUGGACAAUAUUUGGCACCUAUGUGCUCAAUAAAUGGUAAUUUCGUUAUUUUUUCCC